AUGUGUCAUGUUAUAGUAACAUGCCGCUCUAUGCUAUGGACCAUCCUGAGCAUUGUAGUAGCCUUUGGAGAACUGAUAGCUUUCAUGAGCGAGGACUGGCUGAUUGGCAAAGCAAAGAAUGGUGACAUUGAAAACAGGACUGGAUGGCCGCAGGAGCCUUAUCGCCCAACGCUGGGCAUUUAUGGACGUUGUAUUAAAAUGCCUCAAGGGCAGUAUUUCCGGAGAGACCCCCUUUGCGGUCCCUAUGCUGAACAUUUUAAUGAGAUAGCUAGUGGCUUCUGGCAGGCUACCGCUAUCUUCCUAGCAGUGGGCAUCUCCAUCCUAUGUAUAGUAGCUUUUGUAUCUGUCUUUACCAUGUGCGUACAAAGUGUGAUGAAGAAGAGCAUAUUCAAUGUCUGCGGGCUGCUACAAGGAAUAGCAGGUCUUUUCCUUAUACUUGGCCUAAUUCUGUACCCUGCUGGUUGGGGUGCCCAGAAGGUUGUUGGUUACUGUGGACAUUAUGCCUCAGCGUACAAGCUUGGAGAAUGCUCCUUGGGCUGGGCUUUCUAUACAGCCAUCGGUGGAACCGUCCUCACCUUCAUCUGUGCCGUCUUCUCUGCACAGGCUGAAAUUGCCACCUCCAGUGAUAAAGUUCAGGAAGAAAUAGAAGAAGGAAAGAAUCUCAUCUGCUUACUUUAA